CGACAAUACAUUUGUUAGUAAACACAAAAGGUGAGGAGAUUGAAGAUGUUAUAAAUUAUGAUGUCCUUCCUAAAAUCAAAAGGGAACCUGUUUUUGGCUUCUUCUCUUUGCGACGGCUUGGAGGAUAAUGACAUAAAGCAAGUAACAACUUUACUUUUAAACAAAGAAGCGAAUCCUAAUACAUUAAUUCCUACGCAUGGAGUGACACCGUUUCACUUAGUGAUAGGCAAUGAUUCCGAAGCUUUCGCGGAGGAAGUAACUAAAUUGUUUUUACGCCAUGGAGGAGACCCAAACAUUAGAUCUGUAGACGGAUUGACUCCGGUUCAUCUGGCAGCAGCAUGGGGCAGAGUUACGGUAUUAGAAUUACUUCUAGCGAAUGGUGGAGAUCCUCUUUGUUUAGACGACGAAGGACACAGCCCAUUUCAUUACGCAUUUGAUGGAAAAUAUUACAAAGCAAUCGUACUACUGAGCAAAUAUUGCGAAAACAAUACGAUCGAAGAUAAAGUAAUUAAUUGUAAAAUGACUUUCGAUAAACUUUUGAUUAAUAGUGGAGACACGAUUGCAGAAUAUGCUACGUCAGAAAUUUCUGAUUUAUUUAAUGGAAACGAACUUAAGAAAAAUGAAGAUGAUAAAUUGUCCGAUAUAAAAAAUAAAUAUUACUUCGAUUACAAUAAGAAAAGUUUGCAUAGCGAUCAUCAAUCUGAUAUAAAUACAGCGGAGCUUCGAAUUUGCAACGAAAUGGAUAAAGAAAAGUGCCUGUUGUAUGAAAUUAUUAAUCAACUCUCGAGCUCCUUGAAAACUAGCUCCGAAGAUCGAGAAAUUAGUAACGAACAUUUUCAAUACAAAGAAAAUCAGUAUGACAGGAGUCCAUUGUCUAUACUAAACGAUAACGUGACCCUUGACGCAAAGAACAAAUUUUUGUUCAAACCUAGAGUGAGAAAAAGAUCCGUUACUCCAAGAUAUAGGCGUAAAAUUUUUGAACAAAACAAUGCCAAAGCUCCGCUAGUUCCUGUAUAUAAUCCAAAUGAUACUAUUAUAAGUAAAUCGCCAAACUGUCAAAUAGGCAAAUCAGCGGAAAAAGAAUGGAGCUAUUUGUCUCCAAAAGUAAUAAACAAUGAAUCGAAAUUUAAAGCUUUUACGCCUUGUAUGACAAGAAAUGAGUUUCCUCAAUCGGAAGAGUUUAUUUUAAGGAGACAAGUGGCUAGAUCUACCCCAAGAAGGAAACGAUUUUCCAGACAAUAUUCAUCGCUCAGGAAACUCAAGAGGAACAACAGAUUUACAUCGUCAGAAAACACAAGUCCUGAAUCAGCAAAUUCCUUGUCACCCGAUCAGAAUGAUCUAGACAAAUUGCAUUACAAAUUUAAUAAACAUCUGGCAGUAAAAUUGCAUGAGAAUAAGUACGACGACGAUGUACCAACAAAUUCGAACUUCAACGAAAUUAAGAAUUACACGGAAAAUCUAAUAAAAGCAUGCAAUAACAAUUUAGUAAACUUAAAACUAGAGAAAACAGACUGCAAAGAAACAAGUAAGCAAUAUUUGAAUAAAGAUAAUGUGCAAAAUAAAAUUAUGGAAAAAUUAAAAACUGAUGAUACUUCAAAUAUAUUUGACGAAGGUUUUGUGACAUCUCGAUCAAGUUUCACAUCGCAAUCAUACGUUAGCGUGCAAGAAGAGUAUAAAUAUGAAUAUCCAGAUGAUGGUGUAGCUUUUCUGGAACGUAGAAUUUAUGCACUACCGCCAUGCAUGCCCACAGAAGAUUGUACUACAGCCAACAGACUAUGGCCACAAUCGCUAAAUGUAUCGGUGGAUAUAUCUAUGACAAAUGAUAUACUACGAAGAAUGUUAAUCAAUCUAGGUGACAAUCCAGGACCAAUAACCGACACAACAAAGCAGUUAUAUUUAAAGCGACUUAUACGUUUAAAAGACAAAACGUGUAAUCCAUCAUCGUUCGCAACUAUUCGUUCAAAGGUUCCGUUUAAAACGGACUGUAAAUUUGAUUUGGAAUCAUUUUUUAUAUACGGAGACUGGGUAAAUCACUUAGCGAGAUACAAAAUUAUCGAAAAGAACAUUUUUGAGGAAUUCUCUAUGGUGGAUCCUUCUAGAAAAUGGCGAGAAGGGAUUAACAAGACUUGUUUUAAUUAUCUACUUUUAGACACACGCGUAACUAAUAAUUUACCCUUGAACGCCGAAAGUCUGACAAAGCCUACAAUUUGGUCUACGUUUCUCUCUGGUAUAUUUUAUGUGGGUAAAGGUACACGCAACAGACCGUAUUACCAUCUUAAAGACGCCUUCGACGCGUGGGUUUCAAAUCAGUGCUCUAAAAGUACAAAAGUAAAACGUAUUUUAGACAUUUGGAACGCUGGAUGUGGAGUGGUUUGCCUCCACAUUUAUCAAAAUACCAUUCCAGUCGAAGCUUACACCCGCGAAGCUGCUAUGAUCGAUGCUUUGGGAGUAGAGAAUUUGUGUAAUUGCAAAAAUGGAGGCUAUUAUGGAAAAGCAGCGACUUGGAACAUAAAAGAAAAAUGUAACUUUGGGAGAUACCUAUUGCAUCAAGCUAUGCAGAUUUAUUUACACGAAGGAGAGAGACAAAUACAUCCUCAUAAUUUGUAAAAUCUGAAUUCUACUUUUCAAAAGGCCAGAGCAUAUAUACGCAAUAAUAGGUUCGAUGUUCAUGGAUGAACACCUCCUGAAUAUAGAGAGAGAUAUUAAGCUUUUCAUAUUUAUUUUAUAGCAUGUCCUAUUUUCUGUUCUAAAUAUUAUGUAUCAUUUUUAAUAAUAGCCAAACCGUAUGGCUAAUGAUGCUAUGUAUUUAGUACUCUUCGAUCAAAAACCAUUGCACUCUAAAUGUUAAUCAGCGAAUGACGAAUUGAUUAACGA